AGGCUGAGGCUGAGGAGGGGGAGGGGGAGGAGGAGGAGGAUGUAGUGAAGGCAGGUUGUUGGAGCUGACGGAGCACAGCUACAGCUCCCAUCAUGCAUUUACACCACGGACGGCUGGGACCGAACACUUAGCUCGGUCAGAAGCCUGGUCGUCCUCCGUCUCCGAUGAUCGACUCUCAUCCGGCACAAACAAAGCUCGACACUCGCGCGCUGCCUCCUCUCCCCGUGACCGAGGAGGGCACGCGCCACCCAGGCCGUCAUCAGCAGCCUUCCCCACAGCGACCGUUAGCAGAGAGCUCGGCUAAUGUCAGCAGGUGUAAUGGAGUGGCAACACUGACUCCAGAGGGAGCAUAAAUCCUGGAUGCUGUGACUUACAGAGCCACACUCAAUCCAAGAUGGAGAAAAAGAAAAUGUGCCCUCGCCUUCUCGACUACCUGGUGGUGGUUGGAGCAAGGCAACCAAGUAGUGACAGUGUAGCCCAGACGCCUCAACUCCUCCGCCGAUACCCACUGGAGGACCACCACGACUUCCCACUCCCACCAGACGUGGUUUUCUUCUGCCAACCAGAAGGUUGUCUGAGCAUACGCCAGCGCCGAGUCAGCCUUCGUGAUGACUCCUCAUUUGUUUUCACACUGACGGAAAAGGACUCAGGAAUCACUCGUUAUGGAAUCUGCGUCAAUUUUUACCGCUCUUUUCAGCGAGGGCAUCACCGUAGCCGUGGAGACAAGAGCAGUCACAUAGAGACAGCAGCCCAGGGGGCGGAGACCGCCAGCGAGGGCUCUGAUGGCAGUGGAGGAGGCCCUGCGUCGGUGUUAUCACCGCCUAAUAAUGCUGAUACUGCUCCCCUUCCCACUUCCGGAGAAGAGGGCGGACAACCAGGUGCUGAGCUAAAUGCCGGCAAGUCCCCGCAGCACAGACGAAGCGCCGCCAAAAUGGCGGCCAGGAACCGCAACAGCACGCUGACGUCACUGUGCAUCCUCAGCCACUACCCAUUCUUCUCCACCUUUAGGGAAUGCCUGUAUAUCCUGAAGAGGCUGGUGGACUGCUGCAGUCAGAGGUUAACGCAACGCGCUGGACUCCCCCGAGCUGCUCAGAGAGACACCAUGUGGAGGGUGUUCACCGGUGCUCUGUCCAUAGAGGAGAAAGGCAGCCAGCUGUUGGCCGACCUGCGGGAGAUUGAGUCCUGGGUUUACCGGCUGCUGCGUUCACCGGUACCGGUGGCUGGUCAGAGGCGGGUGGAUGUGGAAGUGUUGCCUCAUGAGCUCAAACGCCCGCUCACCUUCGCCCUGCCAGACAACUCCCGCUUCUCCAUGGUUGACUUCCCCCUCCACCUGCCUCUGGAGCUGCUGGGGGUGGAUGCCUGUCUGCAGGUCCUCAGCUGUGUCCUACUGGAGCACAAGGUCAUUCUUCAAUCCAGAGACUACAAUGCUUUAUCUAUGAGCGUCAUGGCCUUUGUAGCCAUGAUCUACCCCCUGGAGUACAUGUUUCCUGUUAUCCCACUGCUGCCAACAUGCAUGGCCUCAGCUGAACAGCUUCUUCUUGCCCCCACUCCUUAUAUUAUAGGUGUACCAGCCAGCUUCUUCCUCUACAAAGCUGAUUUCAAAAUGCCAGAUGACGUGUGGCUUGUGGAUCUUGACAGCAGCAAGGUCAUAGCUCCUACCAAUGCUGAGAUUUUACCACCUCUUCCAGAACCUGAAGCUGGUGAACUUAAGAAGCAUCUGAAGCAGUGUCUGGUAAGGUUGACCGUGAUCACCCAAAAGCAGAUCUUCUCCUCUGAAAAUAAGGCCUUGGCCAGUAUGAGUUUGAACACCCAACCCAUUCUGAACCUGGAGAAGUUUCAGGAAGGUCAGGAGCUGCCCCUGCUUCCACCUGGACGUGAUAAAGCUUCACCAUCCUCUACCGAGUUCAACCCCCUCAUUUAUGGCAAUGAUGUGGAUUCUGUGGAUGUAGCCACCAGGGUCGCCAUGGUCCGCUUUUUCAACUCUGCAAAUGUUCUCCAGGGAUUUCAGAUGCACACUCGCACAUUGCGCCUCUUCCCUCGGCCUGUGGUGGCUUUUCAGUCAUCUUCUUUUCUUGCAUCUCGACCGCGGCGCAGUGGCUUUGCAGAUAAAAUUUCUCGCACCCAGGCAGUUGAAUUUUAUGGAGAAUGGGCUCUGAAUCCAACAAACCUCGCCUUUCAGAGGAUACAUAACAAUGUGUUUGACCCCUCCUUAAUUGGAGACAAGCCCAAGUGGUAUGCGCACCAGUUACAGCCAGUGCUCUACAGGGUUUAUGAUGGAAGUUCCCAGCUGGUUGAGGCUAUGGCUGGUCCCUUGGAGGAUGAGGGAAAUGAAUCUGAUCCCACAGACAGCGGCAGCGACAGUGAGGCGUACGAUGACUCCAGCUCCUCCUAUUCCUCACUUGGUGAUCUUGUGAGUGAGAUGAUCCAAGGAGACAUCCAAGGAGACACCCCGAAUUUGGACCCACCUACCCAUGCUGCACUGGGAGAUGCAAGUGAGGUUGAAUUUCAAGACUUUUCCGACUUUAGGGAAGGUCAUGGGCCCCCCAGUGGUGAUGGGCCUUCUGAACCCUCUGAUGGGCAGCCUCUUCGCUCCAGCUCCAGCACAACGGCAAGCUCCAGUCCCAGCACAAUCAUCCAAGGAGUCAACCACGAGCAGGUGGAACCAGCUGAAAUUGAGGCAUCAGCGAGUGCCGCGUUACAAAACCCUGUUCCAGGACUGGGCGCGCAGCCGUUCCUCAGACCUCCAUCUGAUGCUGGCCUGGUAGAUCCAGCCAACAAAAAACAGGAGUAUGACAACCCGUACUUUGAGCCUCAGUAUGGCUUCCCCACUGAGGAUGACCCCGAUGCCGAAGAGCAAGUGGAGUCGUACACCCCUCGAUUCAACCAGAACCUCAACGGCAACAAGGCACAGCGUCCUCUACGCCCCAGCAGCCUACGCCUCCCUGGGGAGUCUGAUGGGGAGGGCGACUCCCGCAACAGCUCACCAAACUCCACUAUUUCCAACAGCAGCAAUGAUGGAUUUGGGGGACUCAUGUCCUUUGCAAGUAAUCUGUACAAGAACCAUGGGACCAGUUUCAGUCUGUCAAAUCUGGCUCUUCCCAACAAGGCAGCGAGAGAAAAAUCAACACCUUUCCCCAGUCUGAAAGAAUAUUUUAAUUUUGAUAUUGAGGAGGAAGUGGAACAAGCAGUAUUUGGGCUAAAUUCUCUAAUGGAGAUAAUUACAGAGGCCGGCCCGGGGAGCGGAGAAGCUCGUCCUUUAGGCGCACGUGCACCCCGGGCUCUGGUCGACCAGAAGUCGUCUGUAAUCAAGCACAGUCCAACAGUGAAGAGAGAAUCACCGUCUCCUCAGGGCCGCGUCAACAAUACAAGUGAGAACCAGCAGUUCCUGAAGGAGGUGGUGCAGAGUGUUCUGGAUGGACAGGGAGUUGGAUGGCUCAACAUGAAGAAAGUGCGCCGCCUGCUGGAGAACGAGCAGCUCCGAGUGUUUGUGCUCAGCAAACUGAACCGAGCCGUCCAAUCAGAGGAGGAUGCCAGACAGGAGAUCAUACGAGAUGUGGAGGUGAGCAGAAAGGUGUACAAAGGUAUGCUGGACAUCUUGAAGUGUACAGUUUCCAGUCUGGAGCACUCGUACACUAAUGCAGGCCUGGGGGGAAUGGCCAGUGUCUUCAGCCUGUUGGAAAUCGCUCGUACACAUUAUCAAACCAAAGACCCAGAAAAGCGCAAGCGAAGCCCCACAGACAGUUCUGGCAGCCCAGGGAGUAAAGAGAGUCCUUCUGGUCGUAUGGAGACUUCUAGACCUCAGGGCCUUCUGAAUAUUCCCCAACUGCAGCUGCCACACCACACUACGGGCAAAGGAGCCCGCCAUUAUGAUACCCGGAGUCUGAAUGAGGAGAACUUUAUUGCCUCGAUUGAAUUGUGGAGCAAGCACCAGGAUAAGCAAAAAGCUAUGGAAAAACCACAGAGGUCUGAAGGAGCAAAGCAGCAGCGCCCCCCGGUGGCUGAUGCAGAGGAGAAGAAGUCCCAGAUCAGUUCUGAUAGUGGACUCAGUGUCAUGUCUGGAUCUCAGAAGAGUGACACAGAGUCUGUAACAAGCUCAGAGCCACCGAUCCUGACUAGAAGCACCAGCCAGGACUCAGAAGCGAGCACAGUGAUAAGUAACAGCUCUGGAGAGACUCUGGGAGCUGACAGCGACCUCAGCAGCACAGCAGGAGAUGGCGGCCGAACGGCUCCUCAUUUAGCCCAGUCUAGAGGGACGCUCUCCGACAGCGAGAUCGAAACCAACCCAGCUACCAGCUCAGUGUUUGGAAAGACCCACACCCUGAAACCAGGAGCAAAGGAACAUGGACCUGCACUGACCAAGGGUCUACCUGUCCAGCCCAUGGAGGACAUCAGCACCAGGAUUUACCUCUGUGAAGGCCUGCUGGGCCGUGAUAAGAGCUCCGUGUGGGAUCAACUCGAGGAUGCUGCCAUGGAAACCUUUUCUCUAAGUAAGGAGCGCUCCACGCUGUGGGACCAGCUGCAGUUUUGGGAGGACGCCUUCUUAGACGCUGUCAUGUUGGAGCGUGAGGGUAUGGGGAUGGACCAGGGACCUCAGGAGAUGAUCGAAAGAUACUUGUCACUGGGAGAACACGACCGUAAGCGUCUGGAGGAUGAUGAGGACAAACUUCUGGCCACUCUGCUGCACAACAUGAUCGCAUACAUGCUAAUGUUGAAAGUGAACAAAAAUGACAUCAGGAAGAAAGUCAGGCGCUUGGUGGGCAAGUCCCACAUUGGCCUCACAUACAGCCAAGAGAUCAAUGAGCUACUGGACAAAUUAGCCCAGAUGAACGGUCGUGAGCUGUCCAUCAGGCCCAGUGGAAGCCGUCACAUCAAGAAGCAGACGUUUGUUGUACACGCUGGCACUGAUACCACAGGAGACAUCUUUUUCAUGGAGGUUUGUGAUGACUGCAUAGUCCUGCGCAGCAAUAUUGGCACAGUUUAUGAGCGCUGGUGGUAUGAAAAGCUCAUCAACAUGACCUACUGCCCCAAGACAAAGGUGCUGUGUCUCUGGAGACGCAACGGUCAAGAGACACAGCUCAACAAGUUCUACACUAAAAAGUGUCGUGAGCUCUACUACUGUGUUAAAGAUAGUAUGGAAAGAGCAGCAGCCAGACAGCAAAGCAUCAAACCAGGUCCAGAGCUGGGCGGAGAGUUCCCCGUUCAGGACAUGAAAACUGGUGAAGGAGGUCUGCUGCAGGUCACACUGGAAGGAAUUAAUCUGAAAUUCAUGCACAGCCAGGAGCGGAAGGUUUUCAUAGAGCUGAGUCACAUUAAAAAGUGCAAUACAGUCAAGGGAGUCUUUGUCCUGGAGGAAUUUGUUCCUGAAACUAAAGAAGUGGUGAUCCACAAGUACAAGACCCCCAUGGCUCAUCAGAUCUGUUACUCCGUCCUCUGCCUUUUCUCCUACGUGGCGGCUGUGAAGGGGAAAGAGGCUGAAGGAAAACCCAAGAUGCUGUCACCGAGGCCCCUCCCCAGUUAGUCCGCACCGUUCCCCCUCCCCAUCGCCCCCACCCCUUCAGCCCCGCCCUCUCCCCUUCAGCCCCGCCCCUUUGCUGUGCCUCUACUUGAAACAGCAUCUCAGCUCAAAAGACAAACCCACAGACUUACGACAAUCCCUAAGUUAAUUCUAAGCACACGACUCCCCCCUCCCUUCUCCUGUGUAAACACACCUAAGACCCUUCGUAGACCCCCCCCCCCCCCCACUGUGUAGCUGUGUUUGCUCCUGGUCUGUGAUGUCGUGUAAAUAUUCUUAACGCCCUCAUCGCUGUCGUCCUGAUGAUGAACGUACCCUCUAGAUAAAUGUUUGCCUGCUACUUACCGGGGGACAAGCCAUUCCCCUCCACCCCCUCCCCCCUCCCCAGAGACCCGGAUCCUUACUCCCCCCCACCCCCCCUCUAUUUUUAUGAGAUGUGAGUGACCCCCGAGGCGUACAUGUGCAUGCAGGUCCCGUGCACAGCCUUGACUCUAGCGUUUCCCGUCUGCGUUCGACCCGUGCCGUGGUUUUACUGUAAAGGUCCAGUUGAGUCCCAGUCCAGCGGUUCCACAUCCACAGAACCUGAAACAUGCUACUGUACACUGCACCAGAGCACCGCAUGUAAACGCUUCUCCAAGGUGUUUAGAGCCUAAACUAAUGUGAGUGUUCAUGACGUGUUUAUCUGGACCGUUGAGGUCCGAUUCCUGUCGUAGUUCUGCUGUAAAACUUCUGUCUGUGCUCUGUUAUCAACUGCAUGUUACUAUGAGAGUGACAAAUAAAUAUUAUAUAUAUAUAUAUUUCUAUAUAUAGUAUUUAUUUAAUAUAAACCUAUAUUAACUGAACAUUUCUGGAAAAAAAAA